AUGAGAAAAAUGUUCACAUCGAAACUGCUAUCUAGAGACACAAAGAAAAAACUAUACAUUGCCUACUUGCGCCCCAUUGUCAUGUAUGGAUGUGAGACAUGGUCCACGACGCAGGGUGACGAGAAUAAACUGUUGACUUUCGAAAGGAAAAUACUUAGGAAAAUAUAUGGGCCUAUAUUAAACCCCAAUACCGGUGUAUACGAGCGAAGAAAAAACGCUGACUUAAACAGUCUGUUCAAUACAGCCAAUUUAAAAGAUUUUCUAAGGUCGAAAAAGUUAGAGUGGGCUGGCCAUGUUUGGCGUGCAGAGGGUAAAUUGAUAAAACAGGUACUCAUCAACAAACCAAAUAAAAAACGACCGGUAGGAAGGCCAAGACAACGGUGGUUGGACCGAGUAAAAGUCGACCUGAAGAGAUUAAGCAAUGGAGCAAGUAUUGCGGAUGCAGAAGAUCGAGAACUUUGGAGAACUUUGGUAGAAGCUGCGAAGCGCCUAAAUGGCGCGUAA